AUGGCGAUGGCGGUGGCCCGGCUGACCAGUCUCGCCUGCACUCCCCGACAGGCGCAGCAUCGCGGCCGCCAUAGCCUUGCUCCGCCGCGCGCCUCGGGUGCGGUGGAGGUGCGGGUCUGCACGAACCGCACGUGCGCGCGACAGGGCGGGCGCGAGGUCCUGGCUGCGCUCGCGGGCCUCGCGCCGCCGCGGGUCGACGUGGGCUCCUGCGGGUGCCUCAGGCGCUGCGGCGCCGGGGCCCAACGUCGCGGCGUCCGUCGCCGGGAGCGCCGCGGGGAGAAGGCGAAGGCUGCCCUCGAGAAGGGAAACGCGGACGAAGCGGAAGCCCUUCUGACUGAGGUUAUUGGGUCCAAUGCUUGUGGUGGUCUGCAUUUGGUGUACAAGAGCAGGUCUAAGGCGAGAUUGGCAAUGGGGGAUAUCUCUGGUGCACUUGAGGACGCUGAGGAAGCAAUAAGAAUAGCUCCCAGAUUUCCUCAGGCUCACUUAUUGCGAGGCGACGCACUUUUUGCAAUGGGUGAAUAUUCUGUUGCGGAAGAUGCCUAUGCAGAUGCCUUGGAUCUUGAUCCAUCUAUUCGCCGAUCCAAGUCUUUCAGGGCCCGUGCGGAAAGGCUACGAGAGAAGCUUGUUAGUGCAAAUAAUCCAUAG